GCGUCAGUAUUCCUGCGUUUCCAUGGCACCGCCCCCGAGCAAAGAACUAGUAUGCUGCUUUCACUGACUGUGACAGGGACGUCCUUCCCCCGACGCCUCGGGUAAUAAAACUACAGUCAAACACUGGACCAGCAAGUUAAGGAGUGGAUGACGACAGACGGUUCAUCAGCAAGUCCCAAGCUGGCUGAUCCCAGAGCAGAGAGGACACUGUGUUGAGGGUGAAUGUGAGGCUUUGGAGAGCUGUGGCCUGCAGGCAUUUCGAUUUCUGAGAUGUCAGUCAAACGAGCAGAAGGGAUGUCCAUCGCCCAGGCUCUGGCCAUGACUGUCGCGGAGAUACCAGUGUUUCUCUAUUCCACAUUUGGGCAGUCCAUAUUUUCUCAGCUAAAGCUCACCCCAAACUUGAAGAAAGUGCUGUUUGCCACAGCGCUGGGCAGCGUUGCGCUGGCUCUCACCGCUCAUCAGCUGAAAAGGCGGGGGAGGAAACGGAAGCAGACAACACAGGGGAAGGAGGGCCAGAAGACAGUGGGCAUACCUGAGGCGCUGAUAAAGACCGGAAGGCCCUCAUCAUUAAAGAGAGGUCCGUUUACUGGGCGGCAGAUGAUGAGUCCCAGCACUCGGAGUAAUGACACCAUGAGUGGAAUCUCUUCCCUGGCCCCUAGUAAACACUCAAGUUCCUCACACAGCCUGGCAUCUAUGCGGGUCCCAAGCUCCCCAAAUCAAUCUGUCAAUCCAUCAACCCCCUGGGAGGCAGAGCCAGUGGUGGAAGAGUCAGGGGCAAUAGAGGAUGCUAAUGCAGAGAAUCUUUAUUUAAUGGGGAUGGAGUUGUUCGAGGAAGCGCUACAAAAGUGGGAAAUGGCCCUGAACAUACGCCACCACACCCACUCGACCUCCAGCAACAACAGCCUCGCUCUGCAGGGGGCGGCGUGUGGAGACCUUCCCGUGGUUGAAGCUCGUAAUAAAGUGUUCGCUGACAAGUUAGAGACGCUACUGCACAGGGCUUACCACCUACAAGAAGAUUUUGGCAGCAGUAUCCCAACAGACAGCGUGCUGGCAGACUUUGAGAGUGAAGGAACUCUUAUCUUGCCUCAAGUGGAGAGUUUCCACCAACUGCGAGAUGAUGAUGCCACCACUGUUACCUCUGACGAUUCCUUCUUCUCAGCCGCAGAGCUGUUUGAUGCCAUGUCUAUAGAAGAUGUCUACCAGCCACUUAAGCCAGCAGCUCUCUAUGAAGAAGCCUUGUCUCUGGUCCGGGAGGGUAAAGUGUGCUAUAGGUCCCUGAGGACUGAAUUACUUGAAUGUUAUGGUGACCAAGACUUCCUUGCCAAGCUUCACUGUGUGAGACAAGCAUUCCAGGUCCUGUUAUCAGAUGAAACUCACCGCACAUUUUUCAUGGAGACCGGGAAGCAGAUGAUUGCAGGGUUGAUGGUGAAGGCAAACAAGGGUCCCAAAGGCUUCCUAGAGAGCUAUGAGGACAUGCUGCUUUACACUCAGAGAGAGGAAACGUGGCCUGUCACUAAGAUGGAGCUGGAGGGCCGAGGGGUGGUGUGUAUGAACUUUUUUGACAUAGUGUUGGACUUCAUCCUGAUGGACGCGUUUGAAGACCUGGAGAGCCCUCCCUCCUCUGUGGUAGCUGUGUUGAGGAACCGCUGGCUCUCUGACAGCUUUAAAGAGACGGCUCUUGCGACUGCUUGCUGGUCUGUCUUGAAAGCGAAAAGACGUCUUCUUAUGGUUCCUGAUGGUUUUAUCUCCCACUUCUAUGCCAUAUCAGAACAUGUGAGCCCAGUUUUAGCGUUUGGGUUUUUGGGACCCAGGCAGCACUUAACUGAAGUGUGCACCAUCUUCAAGCAACAAAUCGUGCAGUACCUUAAGGAUAUGUUCGACCACGACAAGGUCCGCUUCACCUCAGCUCAGUGCUUGGCUGAGGACCUCCUGAACCUUUCCCACCGCCGGAGUGAGAUUUUACUGGGUUAUCUGGGUAUCGAUUGCCUUCUGGAGCUCAACGGUGCCCUGCCCAAAGACACAGAGGGCUCAUCGGGGCCCAACUGAGACGACGAGGGUCACUACGGGCUUCGUCGGGCUUGUACAGACCGAAUGCAGUAGGCUGACCAGUAGGCAACGGCGACACCUCACGGCUCUGUAGCUACGUUGAGACUGGAUUGAAUCAUACUCCUGUGAUACACUGACAACCAGCAUUAUUUUUUCAUUCAUCUGUGCUCAUCAACUGUUUUCAUCAGACCUACAGUAUCACCGGUCCGUCUUGUUAACGAGGGAGACCGUCUGGAUUAUAAGAUUCAAUCUCUCCCUCGUUAUCUGCUGCUGCGUAUCAAGAAUGCCUACUGUAGUGAUCUCAGAUGUGUGAGGACUUGCCUCUGCCUUGCUGGGUGAAAUGGAUACUUCUCAAUAUAAACACACCUGACGGAAGCGCUCCCAACACAUGAAGACCGGGCCUUCGACGCUAUUACUAGAACCAGUGGCUGCAUCGUAACCUCCUGUUCAUCACCUGUGGCAUCGAGCGGGACAUCGUAGUCUUCAUUAUUAUUAUGUGAAAAGAAAUGGAGUGAAAGUCUGUCGAUAUUGUGGCAUUUGUAUGUUUUAUAUAUUAAAGGGGGAAGGAUACUUGUUCAAAUCACGAUAAUUUCCCGACAGCCUCGGCCAACCGAAGACUUGCGCCGCGUGAUGAAGGACGUAACGGAUUUGUCUCCUCGCUGAUUGUACUUAAAUCCUCUUUAAUCUGAAGUAUUUAUCCCAAUUUGGUUUAGUCAUGUGACAAAUCCAAGAGACUGUGUCGACUGCAAACAGACAUCUUGUAAUAUUAGUGUAGGGUGCUAACAUGUUACUCAUAUAGAAGAUGAAUUAUCCCAAAACUGCAGUAUAUUCAGACCCCAGACGACAAUUUCCUCACAUAUAUCCUUCUCAUUUGAAGCAGAUGUAAAGAUGCAAAUUGUUAAGUUUUGUAAUGUUUUACUUCCUCUGAAUCACGGUGAUCCCUCUCGAUUUUUAUUUGGCAACGGAUGACAUGAAUAUUAUUAUUUUAAAUAACACAGAGGCACAAAAAUAUCUUUUCCCACUGCAAAUAACACAAUACCAGGUGUGGAAAACAUCUGUCUCAAUACUGAUUAUUGCCAGUUUUGAAGGUGCAACAGUAACAAUAUCUUGAACAGUGAAACACAUCACUGCUCUCAGGGAGUAAUAAGUAACAGUACAACUUGAAAUAAAUAUUAGGUAAUGCAUUACGUUUUGACUAAUAUGCCAGAUUAUUUUUUUUGAAAUUCUUUGAGUUAAUUUAUGAAUCUGUUUAGCCACUCGAAUUGCUUCCAAAUAUUUGUGGCUAAGAUGUACAACUUGCUAAAUUGAAUGAACUGAAUAAAUAUUUUAUAAAAUAGAAACUGUUUUAGGGAAAAUGUAAUAUUAAGAACAAUAGUAGAUAUGAAGUACAGAUAUCUAAUCUGAAAGGUCACUCUGUAGAUGUAAAUAGGACGAGUGGAUUACACAAAAAAAAUCAGCUGCUUUCACCCAAAAAGGCCUUUUUCACAGCAAGCAGUUUGACUUCUCAUAGUGGAGAAAAGCACAGUUGUUACAAAUCAGCUUAACGAUGAAACUGUCAUCAUUUCAUAAGUAACACCUGUGCUUUUCUUACUGUGAAACGCCAAAGAGUCUUGAGUGGAAAAAGUCAGAUGUUCAUGGUCGUAACAAAGUGCACACAACCAAAAAAACAACAAAAAAACACUUCAUCACUAUAAACUGUGUGUCACUAAAACGACCCUCCUGCUAUUAUCCUUGCACAUUUUAAAAUUGACCUCUAAAUGAUAAAGUGCCAUGUGGUAGUCUUAGCGAGGAUAUUGUUACUUUGUUUGUUUGUUUGUUUGUUUUUUUUUACAGUAUAAAGACCUGUAAUGAUGGACCAGGCAUUUUACAGUCAGACUGUAACCUACAUAAGUGCACUGAUAACCCCUGAGAUAGUUGUCUUUGUCAACAGAGACACUGAAGGGGCACGAAAAUGCCAAGCUGGGAGGAUCCUCCACUACUGUAAAAGCAGAUUUGUGUUGAGAAACUGUCAAAUACUGAAUUAUCUUGAUGAAAAGAUGAUUUAUUAUUAUUAACUACAGUGUGUGUGUAGUAUCCUUGCAGUGUGCAUGAGUGAGAGAAGGGAAGACAUUGCCGUCAAAUCACUUUGUGUUUCAUAGUUUUUGGGUUAUUUUAAUGUCAGUAGUUAAUCAUUAGAAGACAUUAGCGGUUUGUUAUUCAUAAUCAUUUAAGUGUGUGUUUUGUGGUCUUGAUAAUCCAAAUCUUGCUCUUGUUGCAAUUCACCUCUGAAAUUCAGAGCUCAGAAAUGUUUUUUUUUUCUUUCUUUCUUUUUGGCUCUUUUGUGUCGCAUUAGCAUCGUGUCGUCUUGAAACUGUAACAGCUGUGUCGAGAGUCAGCAUCGUAGGAUUGUUUCUGUCACACGUGAACCAGAAAUUGCGACUGUAAAUAGAAGCUUUACAGUAAAAAACAUCAUUUAGUUCCUUGUUUUGGUACGCGGCAGAUUUAUGUGCAGCUUUGUGUUUUUUAAGCAUUUUGCACUUUAUCAAAAAAAAACAACAAAAACAAAACAGAAAGAUACAAGAAUGUCCCACAACCCUUUUUUUUUUUUGAGUUUGAGAGUUUUGAAGUAUUUAUCGCAUCAUAGAAGAGACGUAUUAUAAAUAACAUAGAACGUAAAUGCUGUACAUUAGAGAAAUUAUCUUUAUCCCAGAAAACUAUAUUAUGAAAAUAGUUUAUUCCGGUUACUAUCACAAGUUUUUGUUUUCAUCUCCAUCUUUGAAAUGUCCAAAUUUUAACUUUUAAGAGCUUUUGAUUGCGUGUGGUCCAAUCCUUGAUGAGCUGCCCCUGUUUUAGUCUUGUUAUUGUAGAGUAGCAAGUAUAUUUGCGACAGUAUGUAUCAUGCAGGUAAAAUACAAUUGCGGAAAUAUGCUAAUGUUUAAGUCUUGUUUUCACAGAUUGGUCUGCUUUUUUUUCUGUGUACAGUGUCCCGAGAGCAGCUGAUCAGACGUAUUCCUUCGACAGCUUUUGCAUGUCAACAUCGUAGAUUCUCUGAAACGCAUCAAUCAAUGUAAACCUGCAACAUAAAGACCCCGGCUCAGCCCUAGUCGUUAGUCGUUUAGAAAAUCCAAAUUAGAAAUGUGCUAAAGAAAACAUUUAGGAACUUAUUGUAAUCAUUUUGAUUCUCGAAAUUCAGGCAUCGACUCUCCAACUUCGUGAACAUUCAGUAGAUUUUCAGAGAGGUUUCCAAACGGCCAAAAUGUGGAAAGAAAGAUGAUUUUCUUUUUUUGAAAGUCACUGCUGUACAUUACAAGUGUCCUAUUCAUGCCUUUUGUCUUUUCUAUUGUUAAAUUACAAUGCCAGCACAAACUGUAAAUUGAUUUUGAUUCUCCAUAUUAAAUGUUAUUUUUUUUUUGUUAUUAAACAACAUGUUUAUUACGCCUUUUUCCCAACUGACGAUGGCUCGUUGUAUUUCAUGUCCCACCGGGAAUCAAACUUUCCUAACACACAGAAUGAUUUUGUUACUGUUGUAAAGAGGAAUAUUCUUAAAAACACACACUAAAAAUCAUUUACUGAAUUGAACAGAGCAGUCUGUCCUUAAAAAUGAAUAUAAACAAAUGAGUAAAA